AUGACACAACAGACGUCUGCAGGCUUAAGAUUUAGACAAGCUCUAGAAGUGGAAAAACCAUUACAAAUCAUUGGUACAGUCAACGCUUAUGCAGCGAUGAUGGCGAAACAGGUGGGUUAUAAAGCCAUCUAUCUUUCAGGUGCUGGUGUGGCAAACUAUUCUUAUGGUUUACCUGAUUUAGGGAUGACCAGCUUAGACAACGUAUUGGAAGAUGUUCGUCGUAUUACAGAACGUGUAGAUACACCAUUACUUGUUGAUAUCGAUACAGUGCGGGUGCGGCAGCUGUCCAUAUUGAGGAUCAAGUUGCACAAAAGCGUUGUGGUCAUCGUCCAAAUAAAGAAAUUGUUUCUCAACAAGAAAUGGUUGAUCGCAUUAAAGCAGCAGUUGAUGCAAAAACAGAUUCAAACUUUGUUGUGA